AUGGCAGCCACAGCAACAGCCCCAGAAACCCCAAGCGAGAUGCUCGCGGCUCAACUGGUCGAAUUCAAGUCCCCCCCAGUGGUGCAGAAGACCAGAGCCCCCACAGCGUCCGACUUGGGUCCCUAUGACUUGCUCCUCCGGACCGCCGUGGCCAGUCUAUGCCAUACAGACCUGAUGGUGCAGGCGGGAUUCAUGCCGCUCAAGCAUGGGCUGCCCAUGACGCUGUCGCACGAGGGUACAGGCGUGGUGGUCGCAGCAGGAGCCUCAGCCCAGGAAUCGUUCAAACCGGGCGACCGGGUCAUGUCGGGCAUCACGUUCCACGGCUGCGGGCGCUGCGAGAACUGCCAGGCUCCCCCGGACAGGGACUGGAAACAGUACUGCUUCGACAACGACGGGGCGCUGGGCGUGGUGACGGACGGCGCGUUUGCAGAGUACCACGUGGUCGACGCGCGCAUGAGCUGCAAAGUGCCCGAGCGGGUGAGUUUCCUGACCGCGGCGCCGCUGGCGUGCGCGGGCGUCACCGUCUACCGCGGGUUAAAAGUCAGCGGCGUCGGGGCGGGCGGAUGGGUCGCGAUCGUGGGCGGCGGGGGCGGAUUGGGGCAUUUUGGCGUGCAGUUCGCAAAGGCCGCGGGGAUGAAGGUCAUCGCGGUCGAGGCGCGGGACGACGGGAUCGAGAUCGCGAAGAAGUACGGCGCCGACCACGUCCUCGACGCCCGCGAGGGCAAGGACAAAGUCGCCGAGCGUGUGCGGGCUCUAACGUCCCCCCGGGGAGGCGUCGACGCCACCGUCAACGUCAGCGACCACCCGUCCACAGCCGCUCUCUCGGCCUCCAUCACCCGCUCGCACGGCACCGUCGUCCAAGCCGCCCAGCCCGUCGAGGUCACGGUGCCGUUCCAGGAGAUCGUGCUGCGCGACAUCACCAUCAAGGGAACCAUGCACGGCGGGCCGGGAGUCGCCGAUGAGAUGCUCCAGACCGUCGCUACCCAUGGCAUCGUGGCCGAGACUCAGGUCUUUCACGGCCUCGACGAGGUGCCGAAAAUGUUUGAGCUGCUUGAGGCGGGCAAGGUGAAGGGGAAGGCUGUCUGUGUGGUUGAUAAGGAGCUGGUUUGA